UAAACAGAGACAGGUUUCCCCACCCCCACUCUUUUUCCUCGCCAGCCCGCCCGCCACGACGUGUCUCCCGCGCCGCUCCCCUUUCCGGUGAGCGGCCGCUCUCGGGCUUUGCCAGCUUCCCUCCCCUGCUCGAUUGUUCGGCCGCCAUUAAUUCGCACGCUGCCAAAAACAACGGAGCCUCCAUCCCUCGGUUCCUCCCCAGUCCACCGUCAGCCAGGCUCCGCCGCGGCCAUCUCGUCACCCGGCGGUUGCAGUGCUCCGUUCCCGCCUCUGCCCUCCGCGCUCGCGGAGGACCAAACAGCACGGGUCAAGGGCCGCGACCGGUUCAAGUCAAGGCGGCGACUCGUGCUCGAUUCCUCCACGGGGUUGCCUGCCGCCUGCCGCCACCAGUGAUGCUCCUCGCCGCGUUAUUUGGCCGCUGAGACACGCCGAGCGGAGGGGGAGGAAGCCAUCCAUGGACCUCGUCCGGCGGGAGGCGGACCAAGGGGCCGCGCCGGAGUUCGUGGCGCUCGACAUCCGCGGCGAGGAGUCGCCUGGGUCCGGGCCGGACCUGAUGGAAUCCUCAAUCGCCGCUAAGGGGUUCGAGCGGGAGCGGAGCGCAGACGCCAAUUCUUCUUCCACCGGUAUGGUGAGUGUAUAUGAGAAGCAAGCGGUGCCGGUGCACGUCGACGGCAACCCGAGGGAGCAGUACCAACCCUCAACACCAAAGCGACGCCGUGCCAACCGGCGUGUUCCCGGGUGGCGCGAUCCCAGGAAGAUCCUCUUCGCUUUUGCAGCAUUGUCCAGCGUGGGCACGUUGAUACUGCUCUACUUUACGCUCUCCAUGGGGACGAAGGCAGGAGGUCAAGGUGACGACCAGUGAUACACUGAUGGCGAAGCUAGAGCAAAUCGAAGGGGGUGCAUUUGUCUUGUGGGUGUAUCAAGUUGAGCUAUAUGAGUGCAUAUAUGGUGAAAAAUUAGACUUUACCACUGUUUUUGCAUUUUUCAGUGGGUGCAUCAGCACCCGCUAUCUAUACUAUAGCUUCGCCCGCCCUUGCCCUUGCCUUGCUUGUCAUCACCAUUACUAAUGUUAGCACAGAAGAAACUGAGAAUUGGUUGGAUGCUAAUAGAGAAGCAAUACAUCGGUGUGGAUACCAGCAUGAUUUGAGACGUUUGUACAUAGGGACCGGAAAGAUUUACAGAUGAAGUGAAGAUCUUUUUCUCUCUCUCUUGUGCGUUGAACAGCUCCUACACUAAUAAAUGUGUUGAUUUGAGAUGCUCA